CUUUAAUCCAUCUCAACAUAAAACGGUAGAUAUUGUUUAAGUAGGUAAUCGACCCAACCGUCUAUAGUGGUCAAUUUGAAACUAAGCGUGAACAUGUUAGUUCUUUUCGAGACCGCUGCAGGUUAUGCUGUAUUUAAAGUCCAUGACGAGAAAGGUGUUCGUGAAAUCGACGAUUUGGCUAAAGCAUUUGAAGAUACUGCAACAAUGAAUCAGCUGUAAGUAUUUAUAUCGAGAAUACUUCAUGCUCCAGUAAGAAUCCAGCUUGAGCGCUUUGUUCAGUUCAGAGAUACGAAAGACGCAUUAGUAGCUGCUUCCGAUAUUGUGGAAGGGAAACUGUCUAAAAAGUUAAAAAAGCUUCUGAAGAAGUUGUAUAUCAAGGAGCUGAGAGAUGAUGUACUUGCAGUAGCUGAUAAGAAGUUAUCAGUUGAUAUAAAUACGAAAAUGAAUAUACCAACACUUAGUGAUUCUCUUGUGCAAAACCUAAUGAGGGGGAUCCGAACGCACUUGGAUAGUCUUCUCCCAGUCGUUGAAGAUGGUCACAUGACGAGAAUGCGUUUGGGUUUGGCUCACAGUCUUGAUCGAUACAAACUGAAAUGUAACCCAGACAAAAUUGAUACCAUGAUAGUUCAGGCAGUCGGCCUUAUGGACGAGCUAGACAAAGAAAUAAACAACUAUAUAAUGCGUGCAAAAGAGAUGUAUGGGUGGCAUUUUCCCGAAUUAUCGAAGAUUGUUUUGGAUAAUGUGACCUACAUCAAAGUUGUUAAACGCAUCGGUCAUAGAACUAAUUCCAGUGUUGACCUAUCAGAUCUUGUGCCAGAUGAAAUAGCUAGUCAAAUAAGAGAAGCUUCUAUAGUUUCGUUAGGAACAGAAGUAAUCGAUGAAGAUAUUACUAUGAUCAAUGAACUUUGCGAUCAGGUGCUUGAAGCUUCUGCCUCUCGUACCCAACUCCAUGAUUAUCUUAUCAAGCGAAUGGUGGCAGUAGCUCCGAAUUUGACAGCUCUCGUUGGUGAACUUUUAGGUGCAAGGCUGAUAGCCCGGGCAGGAACACUUGUAAAUCUAGCUAAACAUCCUGCUUCAACUGUGCAGAUACUAGGAGCUGAAAAAGCAUUGUUUCGGGCAUUAAAGACGCGACAUAACACUCCCAAAUACGGUCUUCUGUACCAUGCAACACUGGUGACACAGUCCGAAAACCAUUUUAAAGGUAAGAUGUCGCGUAUGCUAGCUGCUAAAACGUCAUUAUCUGCACGUCUGGACGCUCUCGGUGAAGAGGGUGCUGAUACAGAAAUGGGGAUCCGUGCAAGGGCAUAUUUAGAAAAAAGACUUCGACAGUUAGAGGCUGGAACUUUUAACCCGAAGCUAUCUGGAGUUAAGCGAGAAUUAAAACAAGAAGACAGUCAACCCAAAUCGAAGAAGUUUAAGCCAGACGAGUAAAUCUUACUAAUCACAAUGUACAUACGUUGCGAAAAUAUACUAUACCAACUGAUAUGAUUCUAUCGGUUUUAAAUCUAGAAAAGGUGUUAAAUAAGCGAUUAUGUAGAAGAAAAGGUCCAUUGCUGAUUUAACCUUAUUAUAUCAAGCGUAGAGUCAUAUAAUAA